AUGGAGGUCUUCGAGAACGCGAGGUCGGUGCGGCUCAGGAGCCACCUGGGCACGUACCUCUGCGCGGCGGACGACGGCGGCGGCGGCGGCGGGGAGGCCGUCACCCACGGCUACCGCCGCAACUGCCGGGGCACCGUCUGGGCCGUGGAGACCUCCGGCGACGACUACGUCAGGCUGCAGGGACACCGGGGCCUCUACCUCUGCGCCACCGAGCUCCCCGCCGCGCUCGACGGCGGCUGCCGCGGCUCCGCGGCGUGCUGCUGGGUCAUCCAGGCGGGCUCGCCGCCCAGCCCCAACGACGGCGCCUUCCUGUGGACGCCGCGCCGCGAGGGGGAACACCUCACGCUCACGGGGCUCUACGGCCGCCUCCUCCGCGCCAGGUUCGGGCUCACGCCGCGGGAGAACGCCGUCACCGUCGACCGCGACGCCGCCCCCGAGGAGAGCUCCUGGGUCGUCGAGGUCGUCCCGGAAUCGGAGGCGCCGCCGCCGCGCUGCCGCGCCCUGUCCUGCGACGCCCGCCUCGAGGCCGCCACGUCGGAGCCCGACACGGCGUUCACUACUGCUUUCGUCAGAUUCUAUUCCGCCAAGGGGGAGGAGGAGGAGGAGCCGCCGAGCGAGGCGGCGCCGGGCGCGCUGGUGGCGCGGACGAUCUUCUACAACACGGCGAGAGACGACGGCCGCGUGGACGACUUCGACCAGGGGACGUGGAGGUACUUCACGUUCAAGGAGCAGAGCCUCGCGGCGCUGCGCCGGCGGCUGGAGGAGGAGGCGCGCCGGGAGGACUUCGUCGUCUGCCGCCGGAGGUGCGCCGCGCCGCCGCCGGGGCUGUUCCCCGUCGUCCUCGACCUCCCCCCCGGCAACAGAGACAUGGAGUUCGUCCUCGUCUUGCACUCCUCCAGAGUGGCGAGUGCUCUUCAAUUUCCAUUUGGAAAUGGGCAUACGGCACGCAUCAGUGUAUGA